AUCAGAGCCAAGGAGUUUCACUCUGUGUUCGUUAAUGAUCAUCGGCGCACAUACAGACUACAGUUGGACACACCGGCUCCAAAAGCAGCAAAGGUUUAGACAGAGUCCACCUGGAGUUAUCUUGGUCUUUUUUUCCCCCUAAGCAGCCUAUGCGAGGCUGCAGCAGCACACAGUACAUUCAGUCUUUGGUUCAAUUAGACAAUCUUCUGUGACUGGCGGCUGUCUGUAGCUCAGAUGCUGGGAGACAAGGCUCACGGCGUGACUUUGAAGGUGAUGGAAUACACAUACGAUGAUGACCUGGAAGAGCUGUGUCCUGUGUGCGGAGACAAAGUGUCUGGAUACCACUACGGUCUGCUCACCUGCGAAAGCUGCAAGGGCUUCUUCAAGCGGACGGUGCAGAACAACAAGAGGUACACAUGUGCGGAAAACCAGGAGUGUAAGAUAGACAAGACCCAGCGGAAGAGGUGUCCGUUCUGCCGCUUCCAAAAAUGCCUCAACGUCGGGAUGCGCCUUGAGGCUGUGCGUGCAGAUCGCAUGCGUGGGGGGAGGAACAAGUUUGGCCCCAUGUACAAGAGAGACAGGGCCUUGAAGCAGCAGAAAAAGGCUUUGAUACGAUCCAACGGGUUCAAGCUGGAGACCUCGGCCCCCCCACCAGCCUCCCCUCUGCAGACUGACUACAGCUUUACUGGCCCCUUACAUGCUCUGCCCACCAUCUCUAAAAGUCUUCUGCCGUCCACCCCGAGCUCGAUCACCUCUACAGACUACGAGGCCAACCUCUAUGGACCUACAUCACUGGGCAUGGCCAUGCAGUCCCAUGUGCCCCUGACUCCCCAGUACCAGUACACGGCAUUCCCCAACAGGGCAAUUAAAGCUGAGUGCCCAGACUACACCAGCUCCCCUGAGUCCAUCACAGGAUACCCCUACCCAGAGGUCUACCCUUCAGCCUCUCCACAGCCACCCAGCCUGCCACCCCUGGUGCUGGAGCUGCUCCGCUGCGACCCAGACGAGUUGGUGGUGCAGAACAAGAUUGUGGCUCACCUGCAGCAGGAGCAGAGCGGCAGGGGCCGGAUUGACAAGCCCAGCACCUUCAGCCUGAUGUGCCGCAUGGCGGAUCAGACCCUCUUCUCCAUCGUGGAAUGGGCUCGGAGUUGCAUCUUCUUCAAGGAGUUGAGGGUGGGAGAUCAAAUGAAGCUGCUUCACAACUGCUGGUCGGAACUCCUGGUCCUGGAUCACAUUUUCAGACAAGUUCAACAUGGAAAGGAAGACAGUAUCCUGCUGGUGACUGGCCAGGAGAUUGAAAUGUCCUCAAUUUUGUCACAAGGAGAGACAACUCUUUCCAGUCUGGUCCAGAGAGGUCAGGAGCUUGCAGCGAGGCUGCGGGUGCUGCAGGUGGACCGCAGGGAGAUGGCCUGUCUCAAGUUCCUCCUUCUGUUCAACCCCAACGUAAAGCUGCUGGAGAACCAGGCCUUUGUUGAGGGUGUGCAGGAGCAGGUGAACGGGGCUCUGCUGGAGUACAUCCUGUCCACCUAUCCUCAGUUUCAGGAGAAGUUCAGCCAGGUGGUGGUCCAGCUGCCUGACCUGCGCUCCCUCAGCACACAGGCUGAGGACUACCUGUGCUUCAAGCACCUGAACGGAGAGGUGACCUGCAACAACCUGCUCAUUGAGAUGCUGCACGCUAAGAGAGCGUGUGUGUGAACAAUGCACACACACACCAACGUUCUACCACUAAGUGUUACAUUUCUGUGUGAGACAGCGUGUGUGUAUGCAUGUGUGCCUGUGUGUGAGGAUGUGUGUGGGAAUGAAAAAUAAAAGGUGAAAAGGUUUCACACUGGGUCAUCUUUGUUAGGGCUUUUCCUAAUGUUGAAAACAAAAAGAUGUUUCAGAUGUUUGGAAUUUAAAGGUUUUGAAUGUUUCCAUCUUCAUAUCCUGCACAGCUACUUUAACAUGACCUUAAAACUGGAUUUUCUACUCUUAUUACAAACAUCUGAAAUUGGGCUUAUGACACGUUAAACAACUUAUUGUACAUUCCACAGCUGAGCUGAUGUCUUUUUGUGGCUUUGCAGUUACUUGUAAGUUCCCACUUCCUGAUGCCUCUGAGGUUCAGCUGGGAACUCUUCUGCUAACUGGCUGGAGUUUUCCAGGCCCUUUUCACAACACAUUUUGUUUCCUUCCUUCAGAAAUCGCAGUUGCCUGCAACAAUGUCUCCUAUAAAGAAGCUUGUUCUGGGUGCGACACGGAACAUAGAUUAUUUUAUUUAAGUAAAAACAGACUUUAUAAUUAUUGUUGUAAAAGAUAUAAAGCAUCAAGGACUUCAGAGAGGUGCUGAUCAUUGUGACAAUCAAAAAUCUAAAUGUCACACACCUCACUCCUGUGAGCAGUUUUAAGCUUUAUAGAAUCUUGUCCCUUUUUAAGGCCUGGAAGCUGUAAAUUAAAUAUUUGCCAAAGUAGAAAAAAAAAACAAAACAAA